AUGCAUCGCAUUCUUGUACUCCUCUUGAUUGCUGGUCCAGCAUAUGCUUGGCUACCGGUGGAAGAAUGGGGCUCUGGAAAUGUAACAGGCUCUUUGGGAGAGUUCGGGCAGUGUAUCUGUAAGGUGUACCUGCCUGACACUAGUUUUCCUGCGGACCAUGUGGAGAGUGUUCAGAUAUCUUCUAACAGGCUGACCGCAGAGGUGGAACUUCACAUUAAAAAGGUGUUGCAUUUUAAAGGUGAGCUGGUUAUUCUUCUGUCGGAACUCUCCAAUCUGACCAGUCGUGUGGAGAUGCUGGAAAGUGGGCCAGACAAGUACAUCAAACUGGACUUUGAGCUAUUAAGGGUUGAGCUGCGCCAGUUUGAAACUCUGGUCACCCACCUGAAAGCAUCCCUCAAUUCCUCUUUACCGAUCUUCGACAGUCUUUACACAGAGAUUCGCAAUAUGAGCAUGACUGUGGAUCAGCUUGAAAGCUAUGACAAGAGCAACUUGGAAGUCAUCCGCAUUGAAUUUGUCAAACUUCAGAGGAAACUGGAGAAAUGUCAGGAUGAACAAGAAGACUUUUCAAAUGCAGCAAUUGGUUCUUGCAAGCAUGGAGGUAUUCUGAGAGUCGGAAAACCUGUAGUGAGCCAGCUGAAUGCAGAUUUGAACAGCAACUUCAAGUUCGGUGGAUGGGGCAAAGACUCUGAACCGCUGCCUGGUUCUGAACACAUGUACUUUUACUAUUCCUACUCUGACCCACUGUUCAGUAGAAUUCGUGUUUAUGCAGACUACUACAGACUGAUCAUGAGGCAGCCAAUCAGAACUCAUGAGCUGUAUAUAAAUUCUGCAAAAGACUGGCGGGGCCUGGGUAAUAACUAUAUUGUACGCAAUAACACCCUGUACUAUCAGUUCAGAAGUCCUUUUAGCAUGGGUAAAUACGACAUGAACAAACAGACUGCAGAGUACCGGGUGGUACCUAAGGCUAGUAACAGAUUCUCAUACCAUUAUUCAGACAGUCAGAACUUAGACUUUGCAGCUGAUGAGAAGGGUCUGUAUGUAACAUACGCUACAGAGGAAUCAAAUGGUAAACUGGUGCUGGGGAAGAUCAAUGAGGCUGCUUUUGCUCUGGAAGACGUCUGGCAAACCUCUAUAUUCAAACAAUCUGUCACCAAUGCCUUCAUGGUAUGUGGCAUACUUUAUGCUACAAGAUCUGUAGAUGUGCAAACCGAGGAGAUCUUUUAUGCUUACGACACAAACAAAAGACAGGAGAGCUACAUUAGCAUUAAGUUUGAAAAGUUCCAGGAUUUCUAUGUGAGUCUAGACUAUAAUCCUCGGGAUCAAAAACUGUACAUGUUUAAUAAUGGCUACUAUGUGUCAUACAGUGUGAAGUUUAAAACAGCUUAAAGA